AUGACGUCCAACACCUCCCAGUGGCAGUCAACGACUUGUUCAAGUUCUACUAACCCCAACCUGAAUAUACAAGCUUGGCUUGGAAACAUCGAGCAGUUUUUUGAUGACCCAAAUUCAAGCUCCCAGCCAGGCAUUGCGGGUGCAAAGCCACCAAAUGCAAGACCUCUCCAAUCAACCAGUGAUCGAUCACUAACGCCUACGGCUUUAUACCCAGUGACAGAGCCACAAUGGGCCGCUAGCAGCAGCUCUUUUAUACCAUCAGAGUCAGAUUCACCUCCCCAAGUAGCCACCAUCAUAUCUCCCCACUCUCCUGCUGAAGUGCCUCUGGUGCAGCAUACCCGCAGUCACAACAAUUUUUGCUACUCGGAAAAUGUUCCAUCACUUUACGAAUGGGUACUUGCGCCACAAGAUGGCUUUUACUUUGUAAUGGUAGAGAGUAUGACACGAGAAGAUGUCGAGUACAAUUUUUGCGCAGCUAUGGAUGCUCGGCAUUUGUUAUCCCUGGAUAAAUCUAUCCUGGAGGCUCAAAUAGCUUUGGAUCUUCUGCACCUUCAAUCCAAGUUUCAUGACUUGUGGCAACUCAACUUGUCUAUUUCGAAGUCACAAGAUGCAAGCCAACGCAUCUUAGGAUACUGUAAGAAGAAAGAUGUCAAACUGGAUUUCAUCACAUUAGAAUGCUUCCGCCCUGAUCAUGCUCAGCUCAAUCAAUCCAAGCAGAAGAAAUGCAAAGCACUCGACUCCGUCAAGUUGGCAAGUUGGUUCAAUGGUUGCAACGAUGAUGCUGAAAGAAAUGUGGAGAAGCUUCUCGCCGUCGCGUUUGGAUCAAAGGAGAAGGUUAUUCCGGGUGCAUGGUGCGAGAACUAUUGGUACUCUACUAGCGGGGAGUGA